ACAGGCUGAGACACUGGGACAGACUGAGAGGACAGGCUGAGACACUGGGACAGACUGAGACACUGGGACAGACUGAGACACCGGGACAGACUGAGACACUGGGACAGGCUGAGACACUGGGACAGGCUGAGACACUGGGACAGGCUGAGACACUGGGACAGGCUGAGACACUGGGACAGACUGAGACACUGGGACAGACUGAGACACCGGGACAGACUGAGACACUGGGACAGGCUGCAACAUGGACAGACUGAACGGAGAGGACAUAGCUCUGAAUAAACUGGGGGAUAUAGAGGCGGGGCCAGCCCCCCAUGGGAAAGCGUGCCGGCCCAUGAACAUUAAUCACUACGCCACGAAGAAGAGUGCGGCUCAGAGCAUGCUGGACGUGGCCCUGCUGAUGGCCAACUCGUCCCAGCUGAAGAGCGUCCUCUACGUGGGGCCUCACUACCGGUUCUACCUGCCCCUCCUCGUGCUGCUGUCUCUGUCCAUCACUCUACAAGUGAUGGUGGGGCUUCUCCUCGUCUUUAUCGCAGUGAAGUACGAUCUGAACGAUGUGAGGAAACACGCCAAGUUAAACAGGAUGAACAACGCAGCCACAUUGUUCGUCUUCUUCACCGUCCUCGUCAACAUCUUCAUCACAGCACUGGGAUUCGAGGGAUAUACUGUCAGGUCACCAGUGUCACCUGUGAUGUUGCCAGAGCAUCAUCUCUCCCUCCUGCCCAACGACCUCAACAAGACUUCAGGCUUUUAGUCUUCAGCCACCUGUCACGGGAGCAAAACAAAGACUUAUCUGACAUCUCAAAGUCUUCAAAGCUAAGACUAAUGGUGGGACAGGCAGCAGCCGUUUGUAACUUCUGAUCAGCUCCCUGCUCCACCAGCUGAAUCACCCUGAAAGGAUUCAAUGGAUCUACAAUCACAUCAGCGGUGAGAGGUUUUUGUGGAUUCAUGCGGAAACCCAGAUAACCUCAGGGACCGCGGACUAACCUCCACUCACUGCUGUUGAACUCAAUGCAACCACCGAUUGACUACCAACAACCUCAACUCAAUCACAUGACCACUGCCGUGAGCUAAUAAGAUUCCAACAGACUAAUGCAGAACAAUUAUUUGUAUCUUGUAAAUAUAACAUAUUUUUGUUCACAUGUUAGAUUGUUGGAAUAAAUCUUAAGUUUUGUAACUAAAUAGUUGUAUGUGUACUUAGUAUUUGACAGUAUGAAUAGAAACGUGUCUUCUAUUCUGCAAAUAUGUAACUCUUGUUCUGAGCUCGAUUGCAUGUUUGCAUCCUUUAGGAAUUCAUCUCCAAUGAUUUUUUUACAGAAAGCUCAAAAACUCUCAGAGCAGGGGAACGUAUGUAUACAUUCAUAUUUAUUAACCCAACUACACAACAGCCUUUGAUUUUUGAUUGGAAGCGCUAUUAAGACGGCCUGUAGCCUGUUGCGCCACAUGAUAUUAUCACAUACUGUAUCUUACAGUAAAAACAAAUCAGAGCAAUUGCAAAAUAAAAAAUGAUUAACCUGG